AUGCCCAGCAGGAGUUCGUCCAGAAACGCAUCCGAACGUACGUCUGCGCUGAACGCAUCCGCAGAGGCCUUUUCACCACAACAGCUGGCCGUCUUCCAACCGAAUAUUGUCAAUAUGUCCCUUCCCGCCGCCGAGAGUGCAUGUUUCAUCCCGCACGACUACACCAAGGACAGUGAGGAUAUUGUGACUAUCGGUCCCCCUCCUGAGGGAGAGGUCGAUCAGGAUAUGAUGGGAAUCCGUCCUGCACACCGGCUUGAGUUCGAGAAAUUAACGCUGGGCCUCUCGCUGGAGAUUGAACAAUUGAAACAGGAGCUGAAGUCGAUCAGAAGCUUGAAUGGGAAUGGAGGUGCGAAUGAGACUGGGGUUGGAGAUGUUGUUGAAGAGUUACCUGACAGCUCCAAUGGAGACUGCCAGGAAAGCACUGGCAGCGCUGAAGCCGAAGAACCUGACCUGGAGGCCGUCGUCGGUAAGAAGAUAAUCGCAUUCCUCCGCCUGACGAAAAAUGUCCCCUUCUCGCACCGCCUAUAUGGUAAAAGCAAUUACUCUGUAUGGCGCGAAUCGAUCCUAUCCAUUGCUGAGGCCACCGAAUGCGCCCACGUCAUUGAGGAGGGGCAAAAGAUUUCCCCAUUCACCGAUGCAAAUACAUACCUUUGGGAACAGCAGAACGACUGGCUAUAUAAUUUAAUAUGGGACUCGAUAGGCUCUCAGGCCAUGGAGUCCGUCACACAGCCAAAGAAACACUCCGCGUAUCUGCUUUGGAACCAGCUGGAAACUAGUUUCCGGCGCCCACUGGAGGAAGAGCGCCGCGCCAUUUUUCACAGCCUGUACUCGUCCCAGAAAUCUAGUGAUAGGGAAUAUAUCAAGAGAUUUCAGGAGGCGAGAAGGAAGCUAGAGAAGCUUGGCUUCCCUGUCCCUGGCUGGUUGCUUUAUGAUAUUUUAUAUGAGAAUGUUUCAAGUGGUUCCCGAAAUACCAUUCAUGAAAACAUUGCGCUGAAACACGAAGAGAUGCCCAAGUCCAUGCCGCAGAUACUGGAUAUCGAUACGCUGAUCGAUGAACUGGUUGCAUGCCUACCACCAGAACGGAACGUCGUUAUCACUUCUAUUUCGAACAGUGAUAAUAGAACACACCCCCCUUCCGCCACAGCGCCGUUAACCCCGUCUGCGUCAACUGGGAACGGUAGUGGUAACAUCACCAGCGCUAGCGUCAGCAGCACUGUUAGCAACGAUAAUAUUGUGAACACAAGAUCCUCCUCGAAGAAAAACAAGGAGAGGAAAUCCCAAUCGUCUAAUCUGAAUAACAACAACACCACCACCACCACCACCAGCAGUCGAAAGGAAGAACAAGUCAUACAGCAAGUAGUGGCCAAGUGCGAAUUCUGCUUUCGUCGAGGUCACGUAGUAACUGACUGCUACUUGAAAAACCCAGACCUAGCCCCUGAGCGUUGGCGUCGUGCGAACCAGCGAUCCGUCGACUUGACAAAACAGAAAGUGGUACAGCAACGCCAACAGCAGCCACAGCGGGAAUCACAGGUCCAUGUUCAGCAUACCCAGAGUCAGACUUUUGGUCGGGGCCGUCAAAAGGGGAAUAAUACUACCAGUGUCAGCGGUAGCUCGAUAGCCAGGACAGCCAGCCCUAGUCCUGUGAAUGCGGAUAUGAACCAGAGCAUUCAGGCUAUUGCGAGGCAGUUCUACCAGCAGAUGGAUGAUGAAGUUUGA